GUGUGUACCGUGGGUAGUAUCUGUGGUGAGUAGGCAUGGGAGUACUGCAUGAAGUACACUACUAGUAUAUGUGCUCAUCUGAAAGGUUGCUCGUCAUGAAGUCCCUGAGGCCCCUCCCCUCGAGGCUCCUCCCCAUGAGGCUCCUCCCCCUCCUCCUGCUCCAAUCAGCAGCCUGCUCUGGGUCAGCUGAUAACUCCUCCUCCCUGCAGGUGGUGACUCUAGCAGCCAUCCUCCCCCUGACUAACACAGAGUAUGCGUGGGCGUGGCCUCGCGUGGCGCCGGCUCUCUACCUGGCGGUGCGGCAGGUGAACUCUGACCCGGAGCUCCUCUCCUCUCUGGUCCUGCGGCUGGUUCACCGCAGCUCGGAGAACCGUGCGGGGUUCUGCUCUGACUCCAUGGCACCCCUGAUGGCGGUGGACCUGAAACAGGCCUUCGACCCGUGGGCUUUCAUCGGUCCCGGCUGUGACUACUCCUCCUCUCCGGUGGCGCGCUUCACUACGCACUGGGGCGUUCCCAUGGUGACGGCCGGAGCACGGGCAACGGGCUUCUCGGUGUACGGCUCCGUCACCAACACCGGGCCGACCCAUCAGAAGCUGGGCGAGAUGGGGGAGGUUCUGAUGGAGGCGUUCAGCUGGAGGCAUCAUGCCAUGUUGGUGUACACCGACAACAAGGACGCCAACAACGACCGGCCGUGCUACUUCGCUGCCGAGGGGCUGUACCUGAGGCUGGGCCAGCAGAACCUCACUGUGAAGGAACAUGUUAUAGAACUAGAACACCUAAACAUCCGGGCCAGCGUCAGGGAGAUCAGGGACCAUGGCAGAGUGGUUUUUGUGUGCUGCUCCUGGGACAUCCUGCGCUCUCUUCUGGUUCAGUUCCUGAAGGACGGGGCGGAGCUGGAGGACUUUGUCUUCUUCUUCAUUGAUCUGUUCGCUGAAGGUUUAGAGGGUCCGGGCCCCGUGAGGCCGUGGUUCAGAGGAGACGAGGACGACCAGGCGGCCAAGCUCGCUUUCAGG